AUUAAAAAAGAAAGGAAAAGACGCUACUUUAAUACUUUAUUUGGGAGGGUGCAGGAAGAAGAAACAGAGACGAUGGUGAGAUCUAUUUUGCUCAGGUUUUCUGGUUGAUUCAAACGCAUUUGCUGCUGCUGCUGAGAAGCGGAGAAGGACAUACAAAUGUAAGGGUACAUGUAUUGAUCAAAGAAAAGAAAAAAGAGAAGGAAAAGAAGAAGAGAAUCCAUCCAUUGAUAAACGAUGGCGGAAGAGAAGAGCAUCGAAGAUGAGCUAUACUCUCCAAUCCUACUCGCUGAAAGAGUACGGAAAGCCGUCGAAGAAGCAGAGUCCUUCAAGCUCGACUGCUCUGAAGUAGGUAAGCAAGUCGACCGUCUCUCCCAAAUGCUUCGCUCCGCUGUCCGACUCGCCAACUCCAACCCUUCCCUCUACGAACGCCCUGUCCGUCGUAUCGUCGCCGAAGUCUCCAAGAAUCUCGAACGUGCCUUGGCCCUCGUCCGUAAGUGCAAGCGCAGCGGCGUCCUCCGCAGAGUCGUCACCAUCACCAGCGCCACCGAUUUCCGCAAGCUCUUCAACCUCCUCGACGCCUCCAUCGGCGACAUGAAGUGGCUCCUCAGCAUCUUGGACUCCGACGGCUCCGGUGGCGGUACCCUCCCCCCUAUCGCUAGCAACGACCCUAUCCUCUCCUACGUCUGGUCCUUCGUCGCCGCCAUUCAAAUGGGUCCUCUUCCCGAACGAGUGGAGGGCGCCAACGAGAUCGCCUCGCUCGCCCGUGACAAUGACCGCAACAAGAAAAUUAUUGUCGAAGAAGGUGGGGUUCCCCCUCUACUGAAGCUCUUGAAAGAAGGGGCCUCCCCCGAUGCCCAAAUUGCCGCUGCCACUGCUCUUUCUAACUUGGCGACUGACCAGCAGAGGGUCAGGCACAUCGCCACCGAGCUUGGGAUUCCCAUAAUUGUCCAGGUUCUCUGUGAUUCUCCGAUGAGAGUUCAGGUUUCCGUCGCCAAUUUGGUUUCGAGGAUGGCGGAGCACGACCAACUUGCCAAGGAGGAGUUCGCGAGGGAGAAUGCAAUUAGGCCGCUCGUGUCCUUGCUGUCGUUCGAUAUGUUCUUGGAUGAUCCAAAGCCCCAACCGGGUAAGCCGCACAGUAUUCAUUCUAUAGUUCAGAUUAACAAGGAGUUGGGGGGAAAGUCGUUGGCAAUAAAGAAUCGUCAUUCCCACUCGAAUUCUUCUUCUUUGCAUUCGGAGGGUUUUAACAGGGGUGGCCACAACAGAAAAGAGCGGGAGAACGAGAAGCCUGAAGUAAAGCUGAAGCUCAAGGUUAGCUGUGCCGAGGCACUAUGGAGGCUCUCCAAAGAGAGUGUCUCCAACAGCCGCAGGAUCACUGAGACCAAAGGCCUUUUUUGCCUGGCGAAGCUCAUUGAGAGCCAGCAGGGGGAAUUGCAGCUCAAUUGCUUGUUGACGGUAAUGGAGAUAACUGCAGCGGCGGAGACCAAUGCUGACCUCAGACGGGCAGCUUUCAAGACCAACUCUCCUCCUGCAAAGGCAGUUGUUGAUCAGCUUCUAAGGGUGAUUCGGGAGAUAAGCACUCCGUCGUUGCAAAUUCCCGCCAUAAAAUCCAUUGGUUCAUUGGCUCGUACAUUCCCGGCGAGAGAGACGAGAGUUAUUGGUCCCUUAGUGUCACAGCUCAGCAACAGGAACCCUGAUGUGGCUACAGAAGCUGCCAUUGCUUUGGUCAAGUUUGCUUGUCCUGAUAAUUUCCUUUGCGUGGAGCACUCAAAGGCGAUCAUCGACUUCGGAGGGGUUCCGCCUCUUAUGAGAUUACUAAGGGGCAAUGAACGGGCUCAGUUGCACGGAGUGGCACUCCUCUGUUACCUGGCAUUGCAUGUGGGCGAUAGUGAGGCUCUGGAACGAUCAAGGGCAUUGAUGGCUCUUGAGGGGGUUGUUCGUACAGUGGCAGCCCAAAAUUCUUCUUUGAAAGAAUUGGUUCAUAAGGCCAUAUGCCACCUCGAGGUGUAUCAGGCAGGAAACCAUCUUCAUCGGCAGUCUUAUGCACCGUAAAUAACACUUUAUCGAGCUACUAGACCAGAUAAUUCAUCCAGUUUACUUGGAUUUCAAGAUACUUGGACCAGUUUGGUGCCUGUAUGAACAAACACAAGCAAGGCUGAUUGAUGUGCAGAUGGUUGGAAAUCAAGGAAAGUGUUUGUUCUUCUAAUUCAAAAUUAUUGAGGCAAUGCAAUAAUCCUUGUCUUAAAAUGGAUUAGUAGGAGGUUUGGAGAAUGUAUCUCUUGUUAAAUGCACAUAUUUGGAUUUGCUUGAUUUCAUGGAAAGAAUACAGAAUUUUUGUUUUCCUUGUGCUUUAACUCCUGUUUAUAUGCUUCAUAUGCUUUCACUUGGCAAAUGCAUUAUUCAUGUAGCCACUUGCAGAUUAUUAUAUGAUGCAGCAAGUACUGCACAUUUCACUCUU